GCGGCGACGUGUCGCGAGUCAAAAUGCAUUGGGUUGCCCUUCUUUCCGUGUAUUAUAUCUUGAGGCCUUGUAUCUUUGUCACUCUUUGUUCCAUGGUUUGACGUGAGAAUAGCGUUUAAAAAGAUAACCUCACUUUCAAAUUCAAAAUAAAUGUUUGGUAUUCAAAAUGUUGCCAUCGAUUUUUUAUUCAAACGUUGUGAUCGGCCUCAUUUAAAUAAUGAAACACCGAAUCACACCAGCACGCUUUUUGCAAAAAAAUUGGCUGCUUGUAGGAAUUUUAGGAUGUAUUUUUGUUGCAGCCAUUUAUCCAGACCUUGGUUCAAAACAGGGUCCCCUACGUACUGAAUACAGUGUGAAGUAUGGAGCUGUAUUCAUAAUUUUUUUAAUAAGUGGCCUUUCGCUUCAAACUGAGGACAUUUUCUCAACGUUGCAACAGUUGAAAUUGCAUCUUUUUAUACAACUUUAUACAUUCCUUUUUAUACCAGUAUUUACGCAAGCAUUUGUUUGGCUAUUAUCAUUUUUUGGAAUCCAUUCAUGGGUACUCAAAGGGCUUAUAACAGUCGCUUGUAUGCCUCCACCUGUGUCUAGUGCUGUAAUAUUGACCAGAACUGCUCAUGGCAACGAGACAGCAGCGAUUUUCAAUUCUGUCGUAGGAAGUUUUUUAGGAAUAAUGAUAACCCCCAUAUUACUAUUAUUCAAUUUAGGAUCUACAACCAUAGUACCAUUACUAGGCACAGUAAUACAACUCAUUAUAACUGUGCUAGUACCUCUGUCUUUAGGCCAAGCCGUGAAGAGUCGAACAAACCUCAGGGGGCAGCGACUGCCUCUGAAUACCAUAGGACAAUCGGCUUUACUGUUUGUGAUAUAUACCACUUUUUGCGAUACAUUCCUGGUACCGGAAACUGGCCUUUCAGCAAUGGAUGUGAUAUUCACAGUUUUUUCCGUGUUAAUAUUACAAAUCAGCCUCAUGUUCCUGAGCUUUAAACUUGCUAAUAGGUUGAGAAGAUAUUUUAGUCCACAAGAUAUUAUUGCAAUAAUGUUUUGCUCUACGCACAAAUCUUUAACCUUAGGGAUACCAAUUUUACGCAUCAUGUUCCAUGGUUACUCCCACUUAAGUCAAAUAAGUUUGCCAUUGCUUGUUUACCAUCCAACACAGAUCAUUCUAGGAGGCCUCUUGGUGUCUCAAAUGAAGGACUGGGUAUAUUCUCAGAAGACGAAAAGACCACCUGUCUAACAUAAUAUUUAAAGAAAAUGUUCUUUUACGCUUUAAUUUAAAACAAGAAAAUAAUCUCACAUAGCGCACAACUAUGAACGUGAUUUGUUACGCAAGAGUUUCUCUCACCAAUGUUUGACAUACCAGAUACUUAGAGAAAUAUACAUAUAUGUAUGUUAAAUGCUGAGACAUCCAGCAGAUACAUAUCGGGUACGUAAAUGCGCGGUUAGCUGAAAAUUGAAUUUCCUCGAUACGAACUUCAGGUUAUUUCAGGUUAUUCCAAUUUAUAUCCAUAAUCUUUUCCAUAAUUGUCAAUAAAACAAAUGAAAGUUUCCAG